UUCAAACAAUUCACUCACCCCUCCCUCCCUCCUUCCCUCCCUCGCUCUCUCUCUCUCUCUGUCUCUCUCUCGGAGGGGGGGAAAAAAAGAAAAAGAAAAAAGCUAAUGGGGGACUUGAAAUCGGUGGCAAAGGCGAGACUGGAGCUUGAAGAACUAUAUCUGGGAAUCCCAGAUGAUUCAGUGAACCUGACAUUUCAAGACCUAGCAAAUGUUAAAGAAAAUGCAAAUAUAGCAGAAAAGAAGAAAUCCACAACCAUGGAAACCAUUCAAGAAGGCAAUAAAUCUCACGUGAAGCAAGCUUCUCCUCCUAACAGAUUACCUAGUCUUGACUUUAAACUAGGUUUACAAGAAUCCAAGAAUCAUCAUGCUCAUCAUCACCUUGACGAUGCUGAUUAUGAAGGACACAAGUUUGAGUGCCACAGAAGUCCUGGAAAACACCACCACCACCACCGUCUCCACCAUGAUGUGGAUGGCAUGCAUGUCUCACGUGGACAUCAUCGAUAUGGUUAUGAUGAUCAUCAUCCAAGCCAUCAUAGGCAUGCAGAGUUUAAACAUGCAGUGGAGAAUAGCGGGGCAUAUGAUGAUAUGAGCAUAAUGAGCAUGAAUUCUACGUAUCAAGAAAGAGGUGGAAGAUCUCGCCGGCCGGGGAUCCCUCACUCAAAUAUUUGCGCCGUUUGCUCUACUUACAUCUAUAUUUUUAGAAAUCGUUGCUUGGUAUGUGGAAGGGUGUACUGCAAGACAUGUGUAAGCAUCGGAAUGGGAGACAUGACAGAAGGAAGAAAAUGCAUCCAAUGCUUGGGGAAAAAAUUCAGCCAUAGGUACAUAGAAAGGGCAGGAAAAGUAGGGUGUUGUUCAAGGCAUCCAAGCUCAGUGAAGCAAGCAGAGCUUAGAUGGGCAGAGAAAGGACCUAGGAUAACUGGGGAGAAAGCUUAUGGUCACAGCACCAUGGUGUCAAGAUCAAGAAGCCCUAUGAACCCAAGAAUCCCAACUAGGCCACAUGUUAACAAUAGCCCUCCCUCUUUUGUCUCCUCCUCGUCAACUUAUUCCCCUUAUUCUGCUAAUCAUCACCACCUCCCAUUAUAAAGAAAUUAAUAAGGGUCUUAAUUUUAAUUAUUACAGAAAUCUUUGUAAUAGCUGUUUCCCGUUUCAUUCUUCUUAUUAUUGUUGUUGAUUUGGUUUUUUCCUUU